ACGUCAAGCCGAGGCCGCCGCCGCGGGGCCUGGUUAUCGCCGGUUCAGCGCAGCCCGGAGUCGCCCAGGCCUGAACUCCCACCCAGGUCCCCGGCCCCCGCCCCGGGCCCGCGAGGACACCGGAGGCCACCCCCCGGGGGUGGGGAGCGGAGCCGCGGGUCAGCUCCUCGAGCGCCCCGCGCUGGCCUGUCCGGCCCCGCCCCCGCCCCGGGCCAUGGCCCAGCCCUUGUCCCGGCCCCUCGUCCUAUCCCAAUCCCCGCCUUGGCCCCCAGCCCCGCCCUCGCCCCGCUUCCCAAAUCGGCCCCAGCCCCUGCCUGGGUCCCCAUCCAGGACCCCCUUUCAGUCCCUGCCCCUGGCCUGGCCCCCAUCCCGGCCUCGGCCCUCGUUCCACCCCCUGUCACAAAUCCCAGCCCAGGCCCUGUCCCAACCCCAUUCCCAGUGUUUGCUUAAGGCCCUGGCUCAACCCCGUCCCUUGCUGCAGUCCCCAUCACAGCCCCUUCUUCCAUCCCACUCCCUGCCCUUGUUCAAGCCUCAGUGUCCAGCCCAGCCCAACCCAUUAUCUCAGCCUUUGCCCUCAUCUCUGUGUUUACCCAAGUCUCUCCCUCUAGUCCACCCCAUCUCUCAUACUCUGCCCCUCUCCCAGCCUAUACUCAAGUCUGGGUUUCAGCUGCCGCCAGCCCUAUUGCUGCUGUUGCUGUUCUCUGCCCUUGGCCCAGGGGCUGGAGGCCUCUUCCUGACUGAUUACUCCACCUGCUCACCCCGCAAGCUGAGUCCUUUCCGCUCCUUUGCCAGCACCGAGCUCUUCCACUUCCAUGUUCCUGAGGACACAUUCCUGGCUGUUUGGAACCUCAUCAUCUUCAAGGAGCAAGGGGGAACCUUUGGGGACCACUGCCCAGACCAAAGUGUGACUGUGUAUUUCCGGUCCGGGGCACCCCCUGUCAUCAAUCCCCUGCAUACACACUUCCCAGGGGACACAGCUGUGCCUGGGGUUUUCUCACUGACCCUCAGCUGGACACUGCCCAACCGCACCUCAGGCAUCUUUAACGUCAGCAGCCCCUUACCUGGGGACUGGUUCUUGGCUGCCCACCUUCCCCAGGCCCACGGCCACAUCUCUGUCAAGGGUCUCCAGGAUGAGUGUCAGUACCUCCUUCAGCCGCAGCUGAUUGUCCGGCGUUUGCUGGACGUCGCUGUGCUGGUUCCUGGCCGGCCCUCAGAGCAAACCCUCUCCCCACACAAUCGCUCAGCCCUGUACAAGGUCUUUGUGCCCAGCUUCACUUACAGGGUUUCAGCACAGCUGGCGUGUGUGGGGGGCCGUGGGGUAUCUGCCUGCCCCCUGUCACUGCGUCUGCGUCCCAAAGCCCCACCCCUGCACAACUCAAGCUCUGUGGCCUGUGGAGGUGCCUCAGGAUGCCAGCUGGAGCUGGCACUGCCCCCCUGGGGGCACUGGGUCUACGUGCGUGUGGAAACAUCAUCCCGGGGCCCUGGUAGGACCAUCCGCUUCCAGCUGUGUGUGCGGUUGCAAGAGUGCCCACAGCCCAGCCUGCUCCGAGCCCUGGUCCCUGGAGCUGCCAUGAACAUGCCCCAGUCACUGGGCAACCAGCCACUGCCCCCAGAGCCUCCAUCCCUUGGAACCCCUGCGGAGGGGCCUGGGACCACGUCCCCACCUGAGCACUGCUGGCCAGUGCGCCCGACUCUGCGCAACGAGCUGGACACGUUCUCUGUCCACUUCUACAUCUUCUUUGGCCCGAGUGUGGCCCUUCCCCCUGAGCGCCCAGCUGUGUUCGCCAUGAGGCUGUUGCCAGUGCUGGACAGUGGAGGCGUCCUCAGCCUGGAGCUCCAGCUCAAUGCGAGCUCCGUGCGCCAGGAAAACGUGACGGUGUUUGGAUGCUUGACUCACGAGGUGCCCUUGAGCCUGGGGGAUGCAGCAGUGACCUGUUCCAAAGAGUCCCUGGCCGGCUUCCUCCUCUCCGUCAGUGCCACCACCAGGGUUGCCAGGCUGCGAAUCCCAUUCCCGCAGACGGGGACCUGGUUCCUGGCCCUCCGCUCCCUGUGCGGGGUGGGGCCUCGGUUCGUGCGGUGCCGCAACGCGACGGCCGAGGUGCGGAUGCGCACCUUCCUGUCCCCAUGCGUGGACGACUGCGGGCCAUACGGCCAGUGCAAGCUGCUGCGCACACACAACUAUCUGUACGCAGCCUGCGAGUGCAAGGCCGGGUGGAGAGGCUGGGGCUGCACCGACAGUGCAGAUGCGCUCACCUAUGGAUUCCAGCUGCUGUCCACACUCCUGCUGUGUCUGAGCAACCUCAUGUUUCUGCCACCUGUGGUCCUGGCCAUUCGGAGUCGAUAUGUGCUGGAAGCUGCAGUCUACACCUUCACCAUGUUCUUCUCCACGUUCUAUCAUGCCUGUGACCAGCCAGGCAUCGUGGUUUUCUGCAUCAUGGACUACGAUGUGCUGCAGUUCUGUGAUUUCCUGGGCUCCUUAAUGUCCGUGUGGGUCACUGUCAUUGCCAUGGCUCGUUUACAGCCCGUGGUCAAGCAGGUGCUGUAUUUGCUGGGAGCUAUGCUGCUGUCCAUGGCUCUGCAGCUUGACCGACAUGGACUCUGGAACCUGCUUGGACCCAGUCUCUUCGCCCUGGGGAUCUUGGCCACAGCCUGGACAGUACGCAGCGUCCGCCGCCGGCACUGCUACCCACCCACGUGGCGCCGCUGGCUUUUCUACUUGUGUCCUGGAAGCCUUAUUGCAGGCAGUGCCGUCCUGCUUUAUGCUUUUGUGGAGACCCGGGACAACUACUUCUACAUUCACAGCAUUUGGCAUAUGCUCAUUGCGGGCAGUGUGGGCUUCCUGCUGCCCCCUCGUGCCAAGACUGACCACCGGGUCCCAUCUGGAGCCCGGGCCCGGGGCUGUGGUUACCAGCUAUGCAUCAACGAGCAGGAGGAGCUGGGCCUCGUGGGCCCAGGAGGGGCCACCGUCAGCAGCAUCUGUGCCAGCUGAGAGGGGCUUUGGGCCUGGCCCUGGGGGGACAUGAACGCUUCAUAGAGUUCUUUCUGGGGGCGUGGAGCCCUCUUAGAAGGAGACAGGCUGUAUUUCUUGAGGACAUGGAGUCUUUCUCAAGGACACAGAACUCUUCCAGGGACCUGGAGCCCUUCCCAGGACAUGGAGAACUUCCCGAGGGCCUGGAGUCCCCUUGCAUCAUGGAGUCCUUCUUAAGGACUGGAGCCUAUGCAGGCACAGAGCCCCUCAGGACCAAGGAGUCCCUCCUGCAGGUGUGGAGCCUUUCCUGGGAUGCAGAGCCUUCCCAAGAUAUGGAUUCCUUCCCAGGGAGACAAAGCCCUGUCAGGAGCACAGCAUCAUUCCAGAGGAGGUGGAGUCUAUCUUGGGGAAACCAAAUUUCCAGAUUUUCCCAGAGGCUCAGCAACUCUGGCCUCAGGCUUCCUUCCCAGAAGCAGCGUCUGGGCUGUGCUGUGCUGCAGAGGAGGGAUUGCAGGAUGGAUGGAGCUGGGACUGGGGCUGUCUGGGUGGCUGGUAUCCUCGUUUGAUACAGGUGGAGUCUGUGUGUCUCCAAUGAUUGAUUGGUUCAGAAUGGUUCUGUGCUGCCUUUUUUCCCCCUGGGGUCAGGGGUGUGGGGAAGGGGGGAAAGAGGGCCCCUCAGGGAAUCAGCAGGGCUGAUGGGAGCUACUGCUGGAGGCUUUUGUCAAGCCAUGUACACCGUCUGAUCCCGCUCAUCUGGGCCCUGCAUUCAUUUCUAAACACUUUCUAAUGCCUAUUCCCCAAUUGCUAUUCAGCCCAGUUUGCAGUAGCUGAAAGGUGUGUGUGUGUGUGUGUGUGUGUGUGUGUGUGUGUGUGGUGUGUGUGUGUGUGUAUGUACGCUGAGAUGAUUUAAAUCAGUGAGACAGACUUUCCUUAUGAUGCCCACACCCAACACAGAAGGAAGCCGAGGUCCCAGGAAAUUGGAAUAGCAGGUACACAUCUCAGAUGUGCAAGAAAUAUCACAAGAAUCAAGAAUGUAACUUCUGUUUUGAGCCCUCAUUUUUUCUGAGUGCCAGAAAAGAUCGUUUGUCCAUUCGGGAUUCCUUCUUUUUCCAUGAGGGUCAUAGCUGAGUUCUGAGGUCUUACAUAAUGCCAAGAAGUUGGGAGAGCAUUCUCACUGAUCACCAGUGUCCAUACUUCAUCCAUCCCCGGGAUUUCCAUCAUUCCAUCUGGUCCCCAGUCAGAGGUCCAGACAGUUCAUCUGGGAUGCAGAGAGAUUUCUUGUUCCCAUUUACAUAACUCUGUCAGUCCUAAGGUUCUCUCUGCCACUUCUGGGCUAUGUGGAGACCUGUGAAGUUGUCUAAGGCCUUGGCUAUGCAGACACACCUUGAAGUUGUUUCUGCUCUGGGUUUUGACAGACAAGGCAUGAGUUGCCGCAUCUUUUAAAACCUGCAAAUCUAUCUUGGCCUGGGAUGUGGGGCUCAGGGACUCUUCCUUUUGGGACCUUCUGUGUCAGUAUUCUCAAUACAUUCUCUCCUCCUCUCUCUUCUUUCCCCUUUUUGUUAAUAUUGGAGGUGAGGAAGCCUUACUUAAUGUUUUCUCCUGAAUCUUUUUUUUUUUUUUUUUGCAAUGGAGUUUUGCUCUUGUUGCCCAGGCUGGAAUGCAAUGGUGCGAUCUCAGCUCAUCGCAACUUCUGCCUCCCAGGUUCAAGCGAUUCUCCUGCCUCAGCCUCCCGAGUAGCUGGGAUUAGAGGCGUGCACCACCAUGCCCAGCUAAUUUUUGUAUUUUUAGUAGAGAUGGGGUUUCUCCAUGUUGGUCAGGCUGCUCUUGAACUCCUGACCUCAGGUGAUCCACCCGCCUCGGCGUCCCAAAGUGCUGGGAUUACAGUCGUGAGCCACUGCGCCCGGCCUCUCCUGAAUCUUUUAUCCAUGCCUUAAGCCUUUUCUGUUCCCUUCAGGACCUAGACUUUUGAAGCCCAAAAGCCAGGAAAACAUGCCUUUGUUAUCUGCUUUCUGCAAUCACGUCUCUUCCAUGGGGCACUGAGCAGAGAAUGGUAUGGCCAAGUGAGUAGUAAGAAGCAGUGAGGGGGUGUGAACUAGGUGUCUGUUCCUAUUUUAGAAAAUACUGUUCCUACAUCAGAAAUACCACAUUAAGAUGUAUAGAGCCAGGUCACUGGGAUUCUGGACAGAGUCAGCAGAGUACAGAAGGCUCUGAAGUGGGAGACGGAGCUGGGGUGCAUCCCACCCAGUGAGGAGGGGUCAUAAGGGGUGUCCGGGAAGAAGAACAUUUGAACUAGGAUUAGCUGAGUUGCCAUGAUGCCAAGAUAAUGGGAGAGUGUUCUUUGUGGUCACCAGUGUCCAUAUGGCAUCCCUCCCCUGAGAUUUUCAUCAUUCCAUGUGGUCUUCAGUCAGUAAAGCUCUUAGAACACUUG